AUGUCCCAGCAACGAGAUGGCUACGCAGCUACUUCUCCUCCAUGUACCCCUCCCUCUCAGACCGCAAAGUAUCGCCCCAAGCAAAAGUACCCGGCCCGGCCCUCUAUUCGAGAUGCAUUUCCAGAUGCAAUGGAGAAUGCGCCGCGGGUCAGCGAGUCGACCGAUGAGCGUGACCCCCAUGACCUCUCGCUCUCCCCCAAGCACGCCGCUCGCACGUCCAUUGUAGACAAUAUGCUCCUGUCGCUUGACCAGUUCGGGGCCCCUGAUUCAUCCAUUAUGGACGAUUACCGGCUAUUCAAUUCGGCCUUUGACACCGACCCCCAUGGCCGGUUUCGAGGACAUACUUUCUCUUCGUCCAUGUCCUCCGACGCAGAUUAUGGUUACGAUGAUGGGAGCAAUCGGUACGCCACAAUCACCGCCAAGGGCCGCCGAAGUAAUAGCAGCUCCAAUUACCAGUCAGUGCCCAGGAGAAUGGACAGUGCUCGCAGCCGAGAUGCCAUAGGCUCUCGGGGUGGUGUAGGAACCAUGCCAAGAUCGAAUGAUGCUCGGAAGGGCAGCAAGGGUAGCUCGUCGACAACGGAUUACCCAUAUGGAAUCCCCAGGGGGCGGGCGGACUCGGAUGGCCUGGAUCGGCGCUCGGCUAGCUUCGACUGUGGUCCCAAGAAAUACGUCCCGUAUGCCGAUGCGGGUAUCGUGCAGGACUCACUCAUGUACGACGAUGAUGCAGCGCCAACGCCGAGUGUGCCAGCAGGACCACGAAAAUUUAACGACUACAGGACUCCAACCGGCCCCGCGUCACGAACACCAGUGGCAUCCAGGCGCAACAGUGUCAAAUCCGCACAGGCCCCGCAGGUCCGCAAAGCCCGCCCUGAGAAUAUUGGCACAGGGACCCUCAGAGUGCGAGAUAACGAGUUUGACAUAUCGGGUGACACAACUCUCGAACUUCCCCCGGUGUAUCCGGCAGCUUUGGAUCCCCCUGCGCCUAGUCCAACGAUAUCAUAUAACAAGCCGGCUUUCCCUCCUCCUCAUCCGGAACCCGCAGCGGUUAGUACGACCACCACGAUUACUACCAACAACAACAUUCCAGGCAAUGCAAAGGAACGCCCGGGAUUUUUCCGGCGUGUCUUUGGUUCAUCCAAGAACGCACCGCCAAAUCUAGCAGACUCUCCCGGUUCGAAUGCCAGUGAUGUGUCUUACCUCCAGGAAAAUGAAAGUAAAGACUCCACUGGGACGGCGGUCAACCUGAAAGGAGCAAGGCUGCAGCCACCCAAGAUUCCAGUAGCGACGACUCCCACCCCAACUCGCCAGGGGCCCCAUCAAGUGGUAAACAAAAAGUCUUCGUUCUUUCGCCGGCGAAAGAAGUCUGUAGCUGAUCAUGUUCCACCUCCCAUCAUCCUGCCUCAGGAUGUGGCACCGCAUACCUUGGAUUCCAUGAAGCCGCAACCCAGCCCGGUGAGCAGCUUGCGAAAGGUCAUGAAUCCGUACCUUGAUGAGGUGCCCGGAAAGCAAGAUAUAAAGGGGAAACGCCCGGAGGACCUGCAGUCACAGAAGCCCAGGGAGAGUGUUUCAGCCCCGGGAGGCGGCUCUAAGAGCAAUAACACGCUCCAGCCUCCAAGCUCCGCUCGCGGUCAAGAUCGUUCGCCGCUAGCAGAAACCUGCGGCACCGAUGAUCAAUCCUCAGCAGGUGAAGAAACUGAGUCUAUUGCAUUUGCCGAUCCCCCCUUGCAGGAGAAGGGAUCAGUUAUUGCAGCGGCCACCACGCUCUCACCGGUCGCAGAGGAUUUCUCACGUACUAUUAAAGUGACGACCACCAAGACGACAACCACUUACGAUGCGUCCCAGGACAGCUUAACAGGAGCCAACAAGCUAGCACUCCCGUCAGACAGCAAUGUCCCGGAGUCUCCUGCCAUCUCUGAAGCUUCACACUACCAAACUGCCUCUACUACACCAGUGAUUGACUCCGAAGAGCCGAAACCAGACGACGACAUCGACGACACAAUGGAUGGACCAGGCGAGGCUAUCGAGGAUGGACCUACGGCAACAGAUCGGGAGCAGGCCCAGAAGCUCUUCGAUAGUCAAGACCAAGUGGUGGGCAGUGAUCCCGCUGCAGCUUGGCUUGGCGAUCCUGAUCGGGCCACUGUCCGAGAGGCUUACAUGCGACUAUUCGACUGGUCGAAUUUCAAUAUUCUGGCUGCACUCCGCAGUCUCUGUGAACGGCUGGUGCUCAAAGGAGAGACCCAGCAGGUGGACCGGGUGUUGGAUGCCUUCUCAAACCGGUGGUGUGAUUGCAAUCCAAGCCACGGCUUCAAGGCGACUGACGUCGUUCAUACCAUUUGUUAUUCUAUUCUUCUGUUGAACACCGACCUGCACUUGGCCGACAUCGACCAGAAGAUGACCAAAGCCCAAUUUGUGCGAAACACCAUGCCCACAAUCCAUCGAGUUGCCAUGGAUGCAGCUCCAGAGAGCUUCGAAACGCUACGCCCAGCCAACCGCUCUAAAACCUCGGGCGCGGACUCGGCACUUUCGGCGCCCUCAUCUGCUCGUUCUCCCACAUUUCCCCCUGAUGUUGCCUGUAGCUCCUUGGAUGGGGAUAAUACGGGCCGAAAUCCCAAUGAGGGUAAGACCGAAGCUGGUCCGUUGGUGAACAACCCGUUUACCGGGACCGUGAGAGCCUGGGAACAGCAAGUUGAAGCAGUUUUGAAGGAUUUCUAUACUUCUAUCCAAAAGGAACGACUUCCACUUCAUGGUGCUCCGCCGAGUCGAGAGGUGUCUCGCAUGUCUUCCAAUAACUUUUUGGGUCCCUCCACAAGCACACUUCGCCGAAGUCCCAGUACCAUCAGCAAGAGUGGCUCGGACAUCUUCCCUCGUGGUCGGUCAGCUGAUUCUCGCCAUGCAGCAGCGCGGUGGUCCUCCAAGCCCCGGUCUCGAGCUGGGAGAUUGUAUCCUCCGUCAAUGAUGGGCUCUAGUCGAACCAGCCUGGACGACCAAUCGUCUGUUUGGAGCCCAACUACAUCUAGCACGUGGAGCAAGUAUUCUUUGGGCAAGUUUACGUCUGCUUCGGUGGAUUCUUUUGGUUCGGAGUACCCUCGCGGCGAGUAUCAACAGUCUAUUGGUUUUGCCAACGCUCUGAGCCAGGCAAUUAUUCGCGAAGAUUCCGCCACCUCUGUCUAUAGCUAUGAAGAAUCGGAGCGAACGACCCCUCUCCUCGAAGAUGAGACCUUAGCUUUGGCUGGCGCUCCAUGGGCCAAGGAAGGCAGUGUCAAGCACAAGCAUCACCUGGAUGCUGUGGACAAGCGUGCCAAAGAUCGCAAUUGGGGUGACUGUUUUGCCGUCAUUCAACAAGGCUGGAUGCGACUUUUCUCAUUUAACAGUACAACCAAGUCCAUGCGGCAGAAAGCGAAGCAGCGCGGCGGUGUUGUGGUUGGUGGUGGCAACUGGACGGAAAAUGCGGAAGAGCUCUGGAAGUUUAUGCUCCGGCAGACUAUUGCGAGUGCUCUGCCUCCUCCUGGGUACUCGAAGUCCCGGCCUCACGUCUGGGCUUUAAGCUUGCCUACUGGAGCCGUCCAUCUGUUUCAGGCCGGUACCCCGGAGAUUGUGCGGGAAUUCGUCUCUACAGCUAAUUACUGGAGUGCACGGCUGUCCAAGCAGCCAUUGGUGGGAGGCAUCAGUAAUAUUGAAUAUGGCUGGAGUGACGCUGUCAUCAACAGCGCGCUGGUCAAUUCCGGCGAAGAUCGGUCCCCGCCACCAUCUUCGGGAGCUCCUCGUCCUAGCAUUCAGAGUUCAAUCCGCAGCUCAAUCGACCAUCAAAGCGUACGACCCAGGCUGCCUGCGGAUCGCGUCAACAUCAGCGAUUGGAGUCCCCCUCAGCAGAGCAUGGUGGCCUCCAACUUGACCGAAGAAGAGCAACUGAAGGCGCUGCAGGCGUAUGUGAAGAAUGUUGAAGACGACCUCCAGAGACACAAUGAGCUGCGUCCAGCCAUGCACCUGGCCUUCUCCCCCAGACACCCGAAUUCCGCCAAGGCGAUGGCCAACUGGGAACGCAAAUCAUCGUAUCUGUUACGUGAGAUUGUCAAAUUCCGAACCUACAUUGAUUCCCUUGGCAAUGCCAUCAAACAGAAGGAGAAAAUAUAUGCUUCUUCCAACAACUAUUAUACUGAAUCGGCCGAGGCCGGAGCUACGGAACCAGCUGAAGAGGCUACUACGGCUUUGACCUGA